AACAAGAAGUAUUAUUGUUAGAUUUAUUACUCAUUGUAAUAUUGCUUAGUCAAAAACUUAUACUCUUCCCUAAUCAUCAUCGUUCAUCCGUUCAUCCAUCAAUCCUACUGUCCCCAUUCCCUCACUCCCCCACCCUCACCAUUCCAUUUUCUCUCCUCCACAUUCUCUCUCUCUCUUUAAAACCCCAUCUCCUUUUCCACUCACCUCCUUCCCACUCUCUCUCCUUCCUCAACCACCACCACUCACUAGUGGUAGCCACCUCCAUCAUGGCACCCCACUUGCACCUCUUCAUCAUCUUCGCAUCCCUCAUUUUCUCAUUCCCUACCUCCCAAUCCCGUCUCUCCGCCAACUACUACGCCAAAUCCUGCCCCAAAUUCGACUCAAUCAUGGAAGAAACCACCACCAACAAACAAAUCGCCCACCCCACCACCGCCGGCGCCGCCCUCCGCCUCUUCUUCCACGACUGCUUCGUCACCGGCUGCGACGCCUCCACUCUCAUCACCUCCACCCCUUUCAACUCCGCCGAACGCGACGCCGAAAUCAACCUCUCCCUCCCUGGCGACGGCUUCGACGUCGUCGUCCGCGCUAAAGCCGCCCUCGAACUCGCCUGCCCUGGCGUCGUCUCCUGCACCGACAUCCUCGCCGUCGCUACCCGCAACCUCGUCAAAUUCGUCGGCGGCCCUUACUACUCCCUCCUCCUCGGUCGCAAAGACGGAAUCGUAUCCAAAAGCUCACUAGUCACCCCCACCACACUACCCAAACCAAAGAUGACACUCGAUGAAAUGAUCUCAAUCUUCGCUAAACAAAAAUUCUCUGUCCGAGAAAUGGUUGCUUUGAGUGGUGGACACACCAUUGGAUUCUCACACUGCUCGGAAUUCGCUUCCGGGAUCUACAACUACAGCACAACCCAACAGUACGACCCGACUUACAACCCGAAACUGGCCCAAGGAUUGGAAAAGGCUUGUUCGGGCUAUCAAAAAGAUCCGAGUCUUUCAGUGUUCAAUGAUAUAAUGACCCCUAACAAGUUCGACAAUGUCUACUUCCAGAACUUGCCGAAAGGUUGGGGUAUUUUGGCUUCCGAUCGGGUCUUAUUCACCGACCCGAGAACACGACCGUUUGUAGAGUUGUAUGCUAAGGAUCAGAAUGCGUUCUUCAGUGAUUUUGCGAAAGCAAUGCAGAAGUUGAGUCUUGUUGGUGUUAAAACUGGGCGACAUGGUGAGAUUAGGCGAAGAUGUGAUGCUUUCAACAAUAAUCAAUCUUGAAAAAAUCAACAAAAUAAAGAAAAUUCAGAUGAGUUAUUACAAAUUUACAAAUUUGUAAUAUUUUUUUUAAUAGAUUUAUUAAUUUAUGUUUUGAUUCCUUUUUGUUGCGUUUUUUUUUUUUCUUUAAAUUUGUAUUUGAGUGCUGUUUUUAUACUACUGAAUAGAGUCUCUGUGUAUUCACAUUGUCAGAAGUCUCGUAACAAAAAAAAAUUAAGUAUAUAUAUAGAGUAGUACUAUUUGUCUACUUCUAUGUAAUUAUAUCUCUUUACUUCAUUUUAUAAUUACUCUUCAAUCCUACUUUGCAUGUAUUUGGAGUGGAAUGAAUAAAUUUGAAUGUACUCACUGGAACUUGUGUUUCCAAUGCAUUUUAUUUUUAAUGUACAAAAUGUUAUUUGGUUGAUUGUGAGAA